GACCAAACCAAACCAAAUCGAAAGCCAAACCUAAAACCCCGAUCUCUCUCUCUCUCUCUCUCUCUCUCCCCUCCGCGACCCAGUUUCUCUCUCCUCAAUUUUGGCACAAGACCUCCUUCUUCUUCUUCAGCUGAAGUACCAGUCUUCCAGACCUCCAAUUUUCCAAUUUUGCCCUUCAAUUUCAAAUCUUGAAUCCCCCAGAACAAAAGCCCUUGUCCAUUUCUGUUCAGAAAUGCCCAUCCCAUAACACAGAGGAAGGAACCCAGCCAAACCCAAAACGCCGCCGUUUACCAAGAUGAUCGUGAGAACGUACGGCCGUCGCAAGGGAGGUGGCAUUCCCAGAACUUAUUCCGACACAGAGCUAAACGACGCCGUUCACGACGACGACGAUGUCGGCAGCGACCCCUUCGGAUUUUCCCUGUCGCAGCCGCAAGAAAGCAGCGACCCUUUCAAUUUCUCGUCUCAGGAGGACUCGUCUUCCGGGUGGGCCCAUUUCGAUUCGGAUCCCUACGUCACCAAGGUCGACUCCUUGAAGCGCUUUCCCCUGGACGGCGUCGUCGCGGGGGGUUCCAAGAAAGCCAAGACUCGGAAGGAGGUGGUGGGAAAGAACUCCUACAGGCAGCCACCGCCGCCGUCAAUUCUUGCGACUUCGACUUUGAUGGAGGCCCAGGAGUUUGGGGAGAUGAUGGAGCAUGUGGACGAGGUCAACUUCGCUUUGGAUGGGCUCCGGAAAGGUCAGCCGGUUCGGAUCAGAAGGGCUAGCUUGCUCUCAUUGCUGUCUAUUUGUGGGACGGCGCAGCAGAGGCGGCUUCUCAGGACUCAGGGGAUGGCUAAAACAAUAAUAGAGGCUAUAAUGGGUCUCAGCUUUGAUGAUUCACCUAGCAAUCUGGCUGCUGCCACUAUUUUCUAUGUUUUGACAAGUGAUGGUCAGGAUGAUCAUCUUCUGGAAUCACCGACCUGUAUUAAUUUUUUGAUUAGGUUUUGCAAACCAAUUGUCUCAAACACCACUGAAGAUAAAGUACCAAAAAUUGGACGUAAGCUUCUAGCAUUGCGUAUCGGUGCUGACAUCUCGCAGUGUACGACAAAAAGAUUGGACUCCAGCUCUGCCGCUAUCUUUUCCAAAGUUCAAGAAAUUCUUGUAGGUUGCAAGGACUUGAAGCCGAGUUGUGUGGAUGAUGGAGGAAUGGAAAAGCCGGAGUUAUGCCCAAAAUGGAUAGCUUUGCUGACUAUUGAGAAAGCUUGCUUAUCUACUAUUUCUCUUGAAGAAACCACCGGGGCUGUAAGGAAGUCGGGGGGCAACUUUAAGGAAAAAUUACGAGAGCUUGGAGGUCUUGAUGCUGUAUUUGAGGUGACCAUGGGUUGCCAUUCCAAUUUGGAGGGUUGGCUAAAAGAUAGCUCGCAUUCUAUUUGGGAAAAGGAAAUCGACAUGGUGCGGAGCCUGGUUCUUCUUUUGAAAUGUUUGAAGAUCAUGGAAAAUGCGACGUUCCUAAGUAAAGAGAAUCAGAGCCAUUUGCUAGGAAUGAAAAGGAAGUUGGAUCCCAUGGCAAUUCCUAUGUCUUUUACAGAACUUGUUAUAAGUGCCAUCAAUAUUCUAUCAGGUCUUUAUCUGCAGGAAAGUUCCUCAUCUGCCUCUAAUGAAGAAAAAUCUUAUAGUCUCUCUAAUGGGGUUGAACAUGUUCCUGAGAAGAGAUCCGAUAUAUGUCAGAGCAAUCAGUUAAUGUCAACGCCUCGCUCGGGGUAUACUAUAAUCAGUUCGGAAACUACCAGCACCUCCAUGACUGAUGCUUAUUCAUUGAAGACAAGACUCAAUUCUUCUAGAAAUGGUUCUUCCAAUGGUGUAUCAAGCCAUGUAAGCAGUGGAAUCGGUAAAUUUAGUAAUCUUUCCACGAGGAAUGCUGGUCUCAGACGGCGAUCCUCUAACUUUGACGACUCCAAAAUUGAUCUUUCAGAAGAGAGUCAAGAUCCUUUCACAUUUAGCGAUGAUUCCAGGAUGGAUGCUGAUCUCAGUCAGAGAUCCUAUAUUUCCCAAGACUCGAAAACUGAUCUUUCACAGGGGAGUCAAGAUCCUUUUGCAUUUGAUGAAGAUGAUUAUAAACCUUCUAAGUGGGACAAGUUAUCUGGCAAGAAAAAGUUCUCUCUUUCGCAAGAGAAUGCGACAGCAUACAGAGAAAUUGAUGACAUUUGUCAAUUGCAGCUUAUUAUGAGCCAAGAAGCAUCGAGUAAUGGAGAAAACCAUCAGAAACAAGAGACCACCUGUUCAGGUGCUGUUAGCAGAGAAGGUUCCAGUCUUGUAGCAGACUGCCUUCUUACUGCUGUCAAGGUUCUGAUGAACUUAGCAAAUGAUAAUCCUGUUGGGUGUCACCAAAUUGCUGCCUAUGGAGGACUGGAAACCUUGUCUUCCUUGAUUGCCAACCACUUUCCAUCUUUCAACUCAUUAUCUUCUCCCUUCAGCGAGAGAAGUGAGAAUACUUCCAACAUGGAACUUGACCAUCAGAAUGAUAAACGUCUCACUGAUCAAGAGCUGGACUUUCUUGUUGCUAUUUUAGGCCUGCUUGUGAACUUAGUGGAGAAAGAUGGCCAAAACAGAUCGCGUCUUGCAGCAGCUAGUGUUCACUUACCUAGUUCAGAAGGGCUUAAAGAGGAGAGUCGCAAGGAUCUAAUUCUGCUAAUCUGCUCUAUCUUUCUAGCCAACCAAGGUGCAGGCGAGGGAGGUGGAGAAGAAACGAUUUUACCAACUGAUGAGGCAGCUGUCUUACAAGGAGAACAGGAAGCGGAGAAAAUGAUAGUAGAAGCUUAUUCUGCCUUGCUUCUAGCAUUUCUUUCAACUGAGAGUAAGAGCAUACGUGAUGCAAUUUCUGACUGUCUCCCAGACCGCAACCUGGCUAUCCUAGUACCUGUGUUGGACAGAUUUGUGGCAUUCCAUUUGACGCUAAACAUGAUAUCGCCCGAGACUCAUAAAGCUGUGAGCGAAGUAAUUGAAUCAUGUAGGAUACGGUGAGAGCUUCAGAGAUGGACGAGAAUCCUGUACAGAUUUGGCUUUCCUUUUAGAAAAAUGGUUGUUUACCCAUCUCCACGACGCUCAUCAAGCCUGGAUUCAGGUGCACGCCGUGUUGAGCUGACUGCAGGCAGGCCUGUUUGCUUUGUUAUUUUUUUUAGGUUUUCGUUUUCCUUCCCCCUGUCACGCUAUUCUUUUGUAUCUCUCUUUUUUCUUGUCCCACCAUUUUUAAUAGGUCAGAGACCAUACUUGUAUACGAAGAAUAGUAGCUUAAUGAAAAUGUCUUGCUUUCGUUGUAA